AUGAGAGAAAUAAUUUCAUUGCACAUUGGACAGGCGGGAGUGCAGAUAGGAAAUGCAUGCUGGGAGCUGUACUGUAAGGAGCACGGGAUCCUGCCUAACGGGCAGCUUGACCAGAACAAGAUGGACGAUGAGAGUGCGGAGUCGUUUUUCUCGCCAACAAGUGUUGGGACGUAUGUGCCGCGCACACUCAUGGUUGAUCUUGAACCUGGGGUGCUUGACAGCAUCAAGACUGGGAAGUAUCGGGAGCUGUACCAUCCUGGGCAGCUGAUUUCUGGAAAGGAGGAUGCAGCAAACAACUAUGCGCGGGGGCACUACACGGUAGGAAAGGAGAUUAUCGAGCCUGCAAUGGAGCAGAUAAGAAGGAUGGCAGACAGCUGCGACGGGCUGCAGGGGUUCCUGAUAUACCAUAGCUUUGGAGGAGGAACAGGGUCUGGAUUUGCAUCGCUGAUGAUGGAUAGGCUUGCUGCAGAGUUUGGGAAGAAGAGCAAGCUCGAGUUCAGUGUGUAUCCUGCGCCAAAGAUAGCAACUGCGGUUGUUGAGCCCUACAACAGCAUCCUGACGACUCACACGACGCUGGACUACUCUGACUGCUCAUUUCUUGUUGACAACGAGGCGAUUUACGACAUGUGCAGGAACCUUGGGAUUCAAAGGCCAUACUACACCGACAUCAACCGAGUGAUUGCACAGGUUGUUUCGUCGAUAACGGCGUCUCUCCGGUUCCCUGGGUCCUUGAAUGUUGACCUGACGGAGUUCCAGACGAACCUUGUUCCAUAUCCCCGAAUCCAUUUUCCGCUUGUUGCAUACUCUCCAAUGCUGUCGAAGGAAAAGGCGGCACACGAGAAGCUGAGUGUGCAGGAGAUCACAAAUGCAUGCUUCGAGCCCCAGAACCAGAUGGUGCGAUGCGACACGAGAAAGGGGAAAUACAUGGCAUGCUGUCUCCUGUUCAGAGGGGAUGUGAAUCCUAAGGAAGCAAACAACGCAACAGCCAAUGUUAAGGCAAAGAGAACCAAUCAGUUUGUUGAGUGGUGCCCCACGGGAUUCAAGGUUGGGAUCAACAGUAGAAAGCCCACUGUCCUCGAUGGAGAGGCGAUGGCAGAGGUGUCCAGGGCUGUGUGUGCGCUCUCCAACACAACGGCGAUAUCGGAGGCAUGGAAGAGGCUCAACAACAAGUUUGACCUUAUGUUUUCGAAGCGGGCAUUUGUGCACUGGUAUGUUGGCGAGGGGAUGGAGGAAGGAGAGUUCAGCGAGGCCAGGGAGGACCUUGCCAUGCUUGAGGAUGACUACGAAAGAAUUUCUUCGAAUGCAGAGCCCGUUGAUGAGUAUUAA